GAGAAAACUGCGAUAACUAUCUCAAAGAAAAAAUCGAUCGGGUACUGAGCAACGGUUUGACCAUAAAAUUCAUUCCAACAUAUCCAAACCAAAAAAAUCUUUCGUAACUCCAAGAUGUCUAGAAAACGUAAGGAGCCCGAAAAAAUUGAGGAGGAAGAGGAGGUAGAGGAGGUGGAGAACACGGAAGAUGAGGAUUCAGAUAAAUCCGAAGAAGACGAGGAAGAUGAGAGUGAUGAGAGAAGUGAGGAAUCCGAGGAAGACGAGGAAGAUGAGGAAGAGGAAGAAGAUGAGGAAGAUGAGGAAGAUGAGGGAGAGGAGGAAAGCCAGGAUGACGAGGAUGGAGAAAGCGUGGAAGCUGAUGACGAGGCGGAAGAUGGUAAAAAGGAAAAAGGAAAGAAGAGAGCAGUCAAGAUACCUCCAAUGACUGAUGAACAAAUUAAGAUAGCUAACAAUUUUGAUCCACGCGGACCAACGGCGAAAGAUGCCAAAUUCUUUUUCAUAAUUUUUGAUUGUAUCGAUAUUGCUCCAGAUAUUGAUUGGAAACUUGUUGCUGAGCGUGCUGGAUGCUCCAAUGCUUGCAUGGCGCGUUCUCGCUUUGGGCAGAUCAGGUCCAAACUCAGGAAAUAUUACGAAUUAGAGGCACAGCCGCUGGUUCCUAAGAUUACUGGAAUGCGUCCUCCAGAAAUAUAUACCUAUCCUCCUAUACCUGAUGCUGAGAAAGAAAUCCUGACCGACCCGGCUUACGACAGACUCGUCAGACGCAAGGCGGUCAGAGUUGGCAACCUCCAGAAUAUUGACCCCAAGAAGCCCUCGAAGUUCAAACAAAAUCGUGGUCAAGGAUAUAUUCUUACUAAGAACAAUGACACAGCAGCGAACUUAAUCAUUACUGCUAAUGAGCGCCAUGACUAUGACUCCGAAAAUGAGUUUCAGAACAAAGAGGAAUUCGACUUGAACAAUUAUCAAGGAUUUGACAAAGAAACGAACACCCUUACUGUCAGUGAUCAAGGCUCCGACAAUGAAAUCAAGGAAGCAGCUCCCGUGGUCUUAGAUGGGCUGUCACACAAUUUUCAGUAAUCUCUAUCUAUAUUCCAAACCUGGGAAGAUUCAUUUCGUAGCUCGGGGAUACAUCAGCAGACGAUAUUAUAUGAGUAUGGUAGACGCGUGAGUUUUCAUGGUCACAGUGGAUUCAGGAAUCAUAUGAAGUCGAAUGGGGUUGCUUUCAUUUGUUCGACGGUGAUAUUUUGAAUCACAUUUCCUUUAAGAAAAAAUAGAAUGUCUGUUGCGUGGAAUCAGGACAAAAACACAAAAAUGUGGGAUGGAUAAGAGAAGUAGUAGAUGUAUGAUUCGAGUUCAAUAUUCCAUGUGCAUUUGGGCCAAGACAAAUAAUGGUGAAUUUACCCUUCA